AUAGGCAUAUUUGGGCAGAUUUAAUUAAGCACUACGAACUGGUUGGUCCACUUUGGAUAAGUAUUCAAUCCCUGGAUGAAAGGGUAGUAUUCAAAUGGUAACCUGGGGCGUCUUUUUUGCAGCGGCAGUAAACAAAACAUCUAGAAAGCUAGUUAUGGCUGACGUCUCUCACUAUCUUUUGUUGACACUGUGUUCAUUCCUGGCCUACCACGUCAUCUAUAGACAUCUGACGCCGCUCCUGCUGAAGGCCCUGGCCUUCCGACCAUAUUCUUCACUCGACAAGGAGAAACAAAACUACGUCAACUUCCUUACAGUAUCCCUGAUCUAUACUAGCGUGGUGGGUCCAUGUGCACUGCUAGUUCACCAUUUCGACCGGGACUUAGCCCUUGUAGCACAGACGGGUGUUUUGAGAUACGACAGUCCCGCUGUUCGAUCCUUGUCUGCAAUAUUGUUAGGUUACACCGCUGGAGAAACUAUCGUGACCCUCACUGAUGUGGGACGUACAGAUUUAUCAUUACCCCAGUUCCUACUGCACCAUGUUGUCAGCUGCUGGUGUACAUUGGUGACAUGUGUCUACCCUUGUCUACCAGUCUACUCAAACCUCGUCAUGGCGACUGAGUGUUCCACCAUUUGGUUGAAUAUAAGAGUGUUGCUGAAAGAAUUUGGCGUCCCAAAGUCCACUUCGAUGAACAAAUGUAACAACUUGGUCUUUUUCCUGACUUUUUCCUACGUACGAGUCUGGCUCUUGGUAUCGAAGAUGUACAUACCUGUGACAAGUUUGCUGAUGACGAAGGAGUUCUACUUCCUUGAGUUGCCAGUCGUCAUCACGUUUGCCUUCUGUUCCCAAUUCUUUGUGGCCAUAAACUUGAACUGGUUCAGCCGGCUGUGCAGACGGUUUUCCAGCAACGAUUUAGGAUACGGGAAUGAUGGAUAAGGAUUAGGGGUGGGUACCGGUACGAUGUACCGGUACAAAACCGGUUUGGAAUGGUCCAGAAAAACCGGACCUGAAAAAAAUCAGUGGACCGGAUGUUGGACCGAUUCGAGAAUGAACAGAGUAUAUCGGCGGGCAUUCAUGUAUUUGGGGGCUUACCUACCUACUACCUGCCUAGUCCCAUGACCUCCAGGUCGUUGGAGGGACAAGGUAGCCAUGAAGAUAGAGAGUUGCCUCCAGGUUCACCGUCUUGCCGUCCCAAGAAAAUAACAAGAGCGAAGUAGAGGAGAGUUGAUAGGCAUUUUUACCAAGUUUCUACAGUUAAAUCUGGUCUAAAACAGAGGCAACAAGAGUCUGAAAACUCAAAGCUGCAGGAAAUAAUUUAUUUUGCGAUGGUGCGUAUGGUGUAUUGUGGGGUUGAUAUGGUUUGCGGUUUGGCAAAAUUAUUUCAUCAUUGUUCUUAUAUAACGUUAGCUACCUAUGGUAAAUGGUGAGAUCCAAAA